CCUUGCCUGCCUGCCUUCCUGCCUGCCCUCGCCGCCCUGGUGCUGGUGCUGGUGGUGCUGGUGGCCGGGGCUCCGCUGGGGCUAGUAUGCGGGAGGCGGCCGGCCCUCGUCCUCCUGGUGCUCCCGGCGGGGCUGCUGGGCCAUGGCUCUAGGCGGGGGCCUGGACGGGGCUCGGGCGGCAGCGGCGCUGCUCAGGGGGCCCCUGGGGCUCCGGGGACACGGCGGCCCCCGCCUCCUCCUCCUCCUCCUCCUCCGCCUCGGCCUCCUCGGCCUCCGCCACGGAGCCCACGGACAAGGCGUCUACGCCCCACCCACAGUGAGGAUUAUCCACUCAGGCCUGGCCUGCAACAUUGAGGAGGAGCGAUACUCUGAGCGAGUGUACACUAUUCGUGAAGGGGAAACGCUGGAGCUAACGUGCUUGGUGACGGGCCACCCUCGGCCACAGAUCAGAUGGACCAAAACUGCAGGAAGUGCCUCUGACCGGUUUCAAGACUCGAGUGUCUUCAAUGAAACGCUGCGGAUUACAAAUAUCCAGCGACAUCAAGGUGGGCGCUACUAUUGCAAGGCGGAGAAUGGCCUGGGUUCUCCAGCAAUCAAGUCGAUACGAGUCGACGUCUAUUAUUUGGACGAUCCAAUUGUGACCGUCCACCAGAGCAUUGGGGAAGCGAAGGAGCAGUUCUACUAUGAGCGGACGGUCUUUCUCAGGUGCGUGGCCAACUCCAAUCCGCCCGUCCGGUACAGCUGGCGGAGAGGACAAGAGGUCCUCCUACAAGGAUCGGACAAAGGGGUGGAGAUAUAUGAGCCCUUCUUUACCCAGGGUGAAACCAAGAUCCUGAAGCUAAAGAACCUCCGACCUCAGGACUAUGCCAAUUACAGCUGCAUCGCUUCGGUCAGGAAUGUCUGCAACAUUUCUGACAAAAUGGUGUCCUUCCGGCUUUCAAACAAAACAGCAUCUCCCUCUAUCAAGCUCUUGGUGGACGAUCCCAUUGUGGUGAACCCCGGGGAGGCCAUCACUUUGGCAUGUGUCACAACGGGAGGCGAACCACUUCCGGUUCUAACCUGGAUGCGGUCUGUUGGAGCGCUGCCUGAGAAAUCAGUUCUGAAGGGCGGGACGCUAACCAUCCCCGCAAUCACCUCUGAGGAUGCCGGCACCUACAGCUGCAUCGCUAACAACAACGUGGGGAAUCCAGCAAAAAAGUCCACCAACAUCAUUGUCCGAGCGUUGAAGAAAGGAAGGUUCUGGAUCACACCUGACCCUUAUCAUAAAGACGACAACAUCCAGAUUGGCCGGGAGGUGAAGAUCUCUUGCCAAGUAGAGGCCGUUCCUUCCGAAGAACUCACCUUCAGUUGGUUUAAAAAUGGCCGUCCCCUGCGCAGCUCGGAGAGGAUGGUUAUUACCCAGACCGACCCCGACGUCUCACCUGGAACCACCAACCUGGACAUCAUUGACCUGAAAUUCACUGACUUUGGGACGUACACCUGCGUGGCCUCUUUGAAAGGUGGAGGCAUUUCGGAUAUAAGCAUCGACGUCAACAUUUCCAGUAGUACAGUUCCACCCAAUCUGACUGUUCCCCAAGAAAAGUCACCCUUGGUCACCAGGGAAGGAGAUACUGUUGAACUGCAAUGCCAGGUGACAGGAAAACCUAAGCCCAUCAUCCUCUGGUCCAGGGCAGACAAGGAGGUCCCUAUGCCAGAUGGGUCCAUGCAGAUGGAGAGCUAUGAUGGGAUCCUGAGGAUUGUCAACGUCUCCCGGGAGAUGACAGGAACUUACAAGUGUCAGACCAGCCAGUAUAAUGGAUUUAAUGUCAAGCCAAGAGAAGCCUUGGUCCAGCUCAUCGUCCAAUAUCCGCCUGCUGUGGAACCGACUUUUCUGGAGAUCCGCCAAGGCCAAGGGCGAAGUGUCACCAUGAGCUGCCGGGUGCUCAGAGCAUACCCAACCCGGGUCUUGACCUUUGAAUGGCGACUGGGUAACAAACUGCUUCGGACAGGACAAUUUGAUGCCCAGGACUCCACAGAGUAUACCAUCCGGAGCCUUUCCAGGGAUAGUUAUGGGAUUUACAACUGCAACAUCAUCAACGAGGCUGGGGCAGGACGGUGCAGCUUUCUUGUGACAGGCAAAGCAUAUGCCCCAGAAUUUUACUACGACACCUACAAUCCGUUGUGGCAGAACAGAGCCCGGGUCUACGCCUACAGCCUGGAAUGGACCCAGAUGAACCCCGACGCCGUCGACCGCAUCCUCACGUACCACCUGGGCAUCCGGCAGGCUGGUCAGCAGCGUUGGUGGGAGCAGGAAAUUGCGGUGAAUGGGAAGAUCCAGAAAGGAGAGUUAAUCACUUACAAUCUGACCGAACUGAUCAAGCCAGAAGCAUACGAAGUUCGCCUGACCCCAGUCACCAUUUUUGGAGAUGGAGAUUCGACCAUCCGUGUGAUCAAGUACAGCGCCCCAAUGAACCCUCAUACGUCAAAAUUCCACUGUGGCUUUGAUGACGGCAACAUUUGUUUGUUCACCCAAGACCAAAAGGACAGCUUUGACUGGACAAGACAGAACAUUAUUCUCCGAGACACAAAGUACACGCCAAACACGGGCCCCAGCGCUGACCGUUCAGGCUCCAAGGAUGGAUUCUUCAUGUACAUCGAAGCAUCGAGCCCAAGGAAAGAGGGGGACAGAGCCAGACUCAUCAGCCCUAUUUUUAGCAUACCCCCCAAAAACCCCUAUGGAGCCACCAACACUGCAUAUUGCUUCAGUUUCUACUACAACAUGUACGGACAACACAUUGGAACGCUGAAUGUUUACCUGCGGUUGAAAAGUCAGAUGUCCUUGGAAAGUCCAUUCUGGUCUUCCAGUGGCAACAAAGGGCAGAACUGGCACCAGGCCCGUGUGAAUAUACACCCAAACACUUCAUUCCAGGUUAUUUUUGAAGGGAUCCGUGGCCGUGGCAUCGAAGGAGACAUUGCCAUUGAUGACAUAUCCAUUGUAGAAGGAGAAUGCACAAAAUCGGAUUACGUGAACAAUCAUAUACCUUCAGGUGCAGGCAGGACACUGCCCCAUAUACGGAUUUUCCCCGUUUUCCUCCUUGUGUCUGUCUUAAGUCAUCAGAGGUGACCUUAUUCUGGCAGAGGCUACAACACAGAUGUACCACGCACUGGCAUGAAGAAAAGAGAACAUUUUUAAAAGAAACAAACAAAAAACUACCAAAGAUUCCUCCACGGACUGACUCAAAUAUGUUUUUUUCUUAAUAAAGAAGCUAAUGAAGGAGAAGAAGAAGAAAAAGAAGAAUCAAAUAUAUAUACAUACAUAUAUAUAUAUAUAUAUGAAAAGGAAGAAUUGGGGGUUUAUUUUAUAAAAGAUAAACCCACACCCGACACAAACAAACCGAGGGGAUUGCGGGUGCCUCAUCGUGCCAUGGCCCACCGGCGGGAGCGAAGGAGAGAGACCUUCAGGUGCUUUUUUCUGGUUAAUUAGUGAUGAAAAGAGAAUUAAAAGAGACACACAACACACACACAACACACACACACACACACACACGGUCUCCGUUGGAAGAACUCUUGUCAAAAGAGCUACAGAAAUUCCUUGUCAAAGCACAAAGUCAUGGCUUGUUUUGUUUCAAAUGAAUAGUUUGCUUGUUGCCAUGGAACCCUAAUGGCUUGCCGAAAGAGAGCAAUCUCUUGAAAGAAAAGAUGGAGAAAGAGAGAGAAAAAGAGGGGAAAGAGAGGGGAGGGGAAUCCCACACCUCACUGAAAAACAGGGUACCGGAGGAGCUGGGUGUUUGUUUUUAUUCCUUUCCGUUUUCCCCAAGGGAUUAUUAUUAUGACUAUUGUUUUUACAUCGAGUCUGACAACGAGUUGCAGUCCCUUUUCCUGCCUCUUGUGGCCGCCUUCCAAAGGAUAUGGCGCCCCGAGGCUCCUGAGCUGUUGAAGACAUUCUGUUUCAGUUCCUCAUGGCAAUGCGAAAAGCAACGGUACGCGGUCUCCACUUUUGCAUGCAUUUACGUAACUCCAGGGCGUACGAAGACGACGACAACAAUGAUGUGGACUUGUCCGGAGUUUGCUUGCGGCCACUUGAACACAUCGAAACACCCUCCUCCAUUCCCCUACUAGAACGACACCCUCCCUCGAUCCGUCCGCCUUUCGUCCGACCCGUACCCCACUCCGCCGACGCCGACACCUUGACCGAAACCAUCCAUUCCGAACCAAGUGACGAAAACCAAACUACCAUCUUUUUUUCUAAAAAUGCCAUGGAAACCAAGUGCCUUCAAUGAUAACAAGCCUGAGAAAAAAAAAGGGGUGGGGGAAAAAGAAAACCACACAAACGCAUAUACACACAGAGACACAUACAUACAAAAGUUCCAGCGGAGAGGAGCUUGCAUCAAACUGUUUGGGGG